AUGGAUCCAGACCACGUUGAUGCGCGGCGUCUAGUUGCUCUUUGCCACCUUAUGGGUGGAACCGCGCUAGUUUUUCCUUUUGCUCCGUCGUCAUUUGGUCAUGUUCGCGUGCCUCAUGGUUACCAAGCGCGUCCGCCUUCGCGAGCAUCCGCAUUGUCUGUAAUGCACCUCCUACAGCGAGGAUCCCGCGCCACGUUCCAAGACAUAGGAUCUGCGCGCGUAUAUGCAUCAGCAUGUACGGCUCUUGGGCAGUACAAGGAUGCGCACGAUGCGCUCGAGUAUACGAUCCAACAUGGCACGAAACGCAAGCAGGCAGACAUGCCACCUGCAUGCUCGUUCCCCUCCCGUGACGUGUACACGAGCCAGCUCUAUACACAAUUGGGCCAUAUGUCUAUGAAGCAGGCCAAGUACACGGAGGCGGCCAACUACUUCGGCAGGGCUCACGAACUAGACCCGUUGAAUUGGGGUGCAUGGACCUCCCUUUGUGAUAUGGCAACAGCGCGUCCUGCUGCCGAUGCAUGGUUAGUGAAGCCACGCGUCUCAGCUGCCACCAGCAGUGGAACAACAGCACCGACAACAGCUGCUGCCUCCGCUCCUGCUUCCAAGCUGCAGCAAACGAAACGGGCGCGUGCGCCAGAGCCAAGUACGCGCCCUGUGCGUCGAGUCACGCCACGGGCGGCUGCGUUGCGUUCGGGCAUGGCUCGAGGAGCAAGUGCACAUGCCCAUCAGCCAACAAGCGCGCCUUUGCAUGAAACACAUGGACCCCCUGUAUCUACGUCUGUGCCGCCACGCACACUUUCUUCGUCGCGGACUCAUGUCACUCGGCCGCUGCCACAGGAAGACGCCCGCAAGCGCGUACCAAGCAAGACGGGCCUGACGGGCCUGAGCAGUACAUCUGUAGCCCGAGGGACGAGCACUCGUGCUGCAUCGUCAGCACCGCUCGCUCCCGACCAAACCACUUCGCCAACCGGCAUGGUGCUUGAGUUAACGCGUGACUUGGCCGAAGCCUAUCGCUUGGUCCGUCGAUACGAGGGAGCGAAGGCGGUGGCCUUGUUGUGCGACAACACACAGGCGCCGCCGCGCCGCCGUGCAUUCCGCAUAGCUUGUGUCUACUGCUUGCUAGGGCGUGCUUUGCAUGACAUGACAGAGUACACAGACGCAGAGACCCAGUUCCGUCGUGCACGUGCUCUCGAGCCGUACUUGCUGAUGCACAUGGACAUCUACUCGUUGGUCCUGUUUCAGCUGCACCGAGAAGUCGCCCUGUCGGCACUGGCCCAAGAUCUGCUUGCGAUGGACCCACGUGCCGCUGUUGCCCACAUUGCUGCGGGCAAUACAUGGUCGCUCCAACACCAACAUGAUGCUGCCUAUCAGUGUUUUCGGCAAGCCACGCUCGUCGCGCCUGAGUGUGCAUAUGCAUACACCCUGGCAGGCUACGAGGCUCUUGAACUCGAGCAGCCAGCGCGUGCUGUGCGCUUGUUCCGCUGUGCACGUCGAUGCGACCGACGCCAUUGGAAUGCGCUCGCCGGCCUCGGUCAGGUGUACCUUCGGCAGGGCCAUGCCGUCCGUGCGAGCGAAGCAUAUGCACAAGCAUUUCUAAUCAACCGGAGUAAUGCCGUGCUGCUCGACCUACUUGGAUGGGCGCUUGAGCAGUCUGGCAACUGGAACGGUGCAUUGGCCGUGUACCAACGAGCCAUUGCCAUGCAGCCCAAAGCCGCCAUGACACGGCUCAAGAAAGCACAACUCCUUCUUCGCCUUGCGCGUGCGUGUGACGAUACCGAUGGCACGCCAUUGCUCGAUAAACGUGAACGUGCACGGCAGCGCCAGGCAGCCCAUGCUGAGCUCCUGCGCGUCUGUGCAUUAGCACCAUCAGAGCCUCGUGUUCACUUGAUGCUCGCUCGCUCGUACAUGCGAAUGGGUGGGGGACGCUUUGCUCCCGGCGAAGAUACCACUCCUCCAGGCUCUCCUGGUGGGGACAGUGAUGCAGAGCGUAGCAGCGGCCUCGGCGCGACCCAGCACGGAACACGAUUGCCGAAAGCAUUUCACGCAGAGAUUACGCACCACCUCGCGACAGCCGUGGAUCUUGAUCCGCGAUGCGUGCGAGAAGUGAAUGCGAUGGGAGAUAUGCCGAAACUCGCUUGGCACGGCCUUAUGGGAGGCCCUGGUUUCGCGACAGGUUCUGGAGCUGGCGCUAUGAGUGGUGACGUCGGAGCCAUGAUUGCUGAGGACGACGACAUUGAUGACAUGGCAGGUAUCGAAGAUUCCCAAGAUAUGGCCGACAUAGCCACGAACAUGGCAUACCAUGCCAUUGACCAAGACGACGAGCUGGAUGGCUACGUAUGGGAAGGCUAA